AUGCAAAAAGGAAAGGCCAUUUUUUAUUGGAAAAAGUGGAAACAAACACAGAGUCUAUCACAGUCGCACAGUGGCUGUUGCAGGUGAUACUACGUAAAAAAAAAAAAAAACAAAGCAAACAAAAAACAAACAACAAAAUCCUCCCACUCCUCCAAGAAGUAAAACAAUGCAGGGAAUAUCUGGCAAUUACAAUUUUUUAUAUAGGGGGUAGCUUUGCAAAAGAGAUUGAGUUAAGACUGAUUUAUUACCUUUUUUUUCACAAUGGAGUUUUUCCGAAAUAUCUUAUGGUGAUACUAUUUAGUCCCAAGAAAAUCAACAAAGACCACUUGACAGAUGCUACUAGCAAUGGUGAAGUUCUUAGAGCUGGUGUUUUUGGCAUUAGCUCAAAGAAAACCUACAGGGGAAUAACAGUCGCUGUAAAGGAAUUUAAGGAGAAUGGUAGCCACUCUCUUGUUACUCAUGAAGCAUCUGUUCUUGCUAAAAUGGAACAUCCAGGUACUGCAGCUAGAGUAAAAGUCAGAUAUAAAUAAUUUCUUUCUUCUUAUUUUAAAGACACUUAUUUUCUUUUCCUUCUAUCUUGUUUUAUUUUGUUUCCUUAAUUGCUAUUUGCUAUUGCUUACAGUAACUACAAUUAAGUCUUUGAGAUCUUAUUAGUAGAUCGUUUUUUCAAUUGCAGGUUUCCCUCUGUUGUUUGGAUGCUGCACUGAAACAAAACCCUACCUUCUUGUAACCCAGUUCCAUGGGAUAGAGGGUCACUGUGUGACAUUUAAGUCUCUGGUGCUAAGAAAUAUCAAUGACCCUCAAAGUGAAUGGUGCCGAAUUAUGUAUGAGUGUGCAGAUGCCUUAUACUAUAAUCAUUCUAAAGAAUACCUCCAUAAUUAUUUAAAGGGUGACAAUGUUAUUAUUAAUGAAAACAGUCACAGUUUACACCCAGUAAUUAUAGAUCUUGGUAAGUGUUCGACAAUAGCUGGAGGAAAAAUCUAUCACCUUUCUCCAAGAGAUCAGGAAAAGUAUAGAAAGUAUCAUAAGCAUGUAGCUCCUGAAGUUGUGAGAUGA